AUGAUCAGCGAGCUUCGAAAAAUCAACCCCAAAAGAAGAAUCAUCCUCCACCAAGACAACGCAAGCUCGCACACAUCCCAAAAAACAAGGCAGUAUUUAACGGAAGAAAACGUGGAAUUAUUGGGCCAUCCUCCAUAUAUCUAG